AGCAGAAUUGCAGGAUGGAAACACUUGACUUCUCCUCCGUCCUGUCUGUGACGGACAGGAGGAUGUAGAAUGAUUUUCAUGCUUUAAAGUUGCUGCAGGGAGGCGUGUGCAGUCUGAGGAAGGUCUCUUGACUCUAACGUCUGUCACCAUGGAUGAACACAAGACACAAAACCCACCAGUGAUUGCCUAGUAAAGUAUGAAUAUUUGUCAUUUCUAUUGUGCCCCACUGGAAGGAUGAUGACAAGCCAUGGAUGAGUUUGUUGUAAAUAUGACACUCUGCCAAAAAAAACCUGCUUGUGCAGUGUGAUGAAAGCUGCUGCAUCCACAAAUUAAUUACUGAGACAAGAUGAAUGUUUGAUCCCUGCGCUAAGACGAGCAGGUGGUUGCAUAUGUUUGAAGUAUGAAGAAAUGUGACAAUACAGUCAACAUUUGGGGAGAGCAUGAAUGUUUUGUUUGCAGAAGAGACCUGUCCAAAUUGCAGCGCCACCAUCAGUCCGGAUGUGGACGUUGUCAAAGUGGUACUUCUGGGAAUGGUGCUGGUGGUCUUCAUGGUAUUCGGUGUUCUUGGCAACAUCUUGGUCAUCCUUUCAGUGCUGUGCCAUCACCACUGGCGCUCUGUGACCCAUUACUUCAUCGCCAACCUGGCUGCGGCCGACCUACUGCUCAGCUCUGCAGUGCUGCCUUUCUCCGCCACCUCAGAAGCCCUUGGCAAAUGGGUGUUUGGGCGGGCUUUCUGCAGUGUCUGGGCAGCCCUGGACGUCCUCUGCUGCACCGCCUCAAUCCUCAGUCUGUGUGUGAUCUCCAUCGACCGCUACCUGGCCGUUAGCUAUCCUUUGCGCUACCCCUCCAUCGCUACUGGCAGACGAGGCCUGGCUGCAGUGGCUGCUCUCUGGGGAGUCUCCGCAGCCAUAUCUGUGGGCCCUCUGUUUGGCUGGAAGGAGCCUGACCCUGAAGAUGAGACAGUGUGCCGGAUCACGGAGGAGCCUGGCUAUGCCUUGUUCUCAGCAUUAGGCUCUUUCUACAUCCCGCUGGCCAUCAUCUUGUCCAUGUACUGUCGCGUGUAUAGUGUGGCAAAGAGAGAGACAGAAACCCUCAAGAGAGGAAGUGAUGGAGCGGGAGUUGAGACCGAGGGGGUGAUUCUAAGGGUGCACAGAGGGAACACUGCCCAGACAGGCAAGCACGAAGAGGACAACGGCACUGGGAGGUCGAAACAUAUCACCAACACUCUGUCCAAGAUGCUGAAAUUACCAAAAGAGGAGAAAGCAGCCAAGACCCUUGGCGUUGUUGUCGGGUGCUUCAUUCUGUGUUGGCUACCUUUUUUCCUGGUCUUACCAAUUGGAUCAAUCUUCCCAUCCUGCAAGCCUCCUGAGACGGUGUUUAAGAUAACUUUCUGGCUGGGCUACUUCAACAGCUGCAUUAACCCCGUCAUCUACCCGUGCUUCAGCCAGGAGUUCAAGAAAGCCUUUCACAACGUGCUCCAUGGCCGUUGUCUGAGGAGUGCCAAACACCAAGGACCUGAGGCCACCACCCACUCCACGAGUCCAGGACCAGUGUCUCAUACCUCUGAUUUGUCAAUCCCACGGGGUGGUUCUUUAUGGGGUUGCUGUGGGGCGCUGUCUUUGUCCUCUGCGACGGACGAUGUAAGUCCAGCAAUCCCGAAGAAGAGUCUACUGAGGUCAUGGUGUUUCUCAGCUGGUCCAACUCCAGUACCAGAGAACUGCUCAGCAAAGGUUUUACGGCUUUCUCUUAAUGUUACUGGUGAGGCAGUUUGACUGAGGUCUUGUGGAGUUUUUGGAAGGAUCACGAGGCUCCCAACCUGAAGGUUGCUGGUUCAAGAAUCUGGCCUCCUGUCACCAUCCUUGGCCAAGAUACUAGUAAAUGUGGCAACAGUUUCAAAGCGCCUUGAGUACCUUGAAGGUAGAAAAGCGCUAUACAAGUCAUAAGGCUUCUUGAGACGUCAUCUGAGUAAAGGAAGCUAUUUUUGUCAAACAACAGAACCCAUCAUUGAAUCGGAAUGGUGGUUUGAGGUUUAAUUUGGACCCUGUUUUCAGCAGGUUACUGAGACCAAAACCCACAGCUCUUAGUCUUGCAAAUGAGGUGAAGCCAGGGCCGAGCCAGAACAAUAGAUGCUAACAAGCCAGUAUCAGAGUCGUUCAUACCCAAUUCAGGGAGCGACACUUCCCUUUUAUCGGAGGUGUUAAUAACAGGAUAGGAUUAUACCACUACUCCGCCCAGGCUUAGUGUAACGAACCAAUAAGAGGAGGGUGUUGGCACACCAAUUCCGCCCACUCGUACUGUAUUUAAGGCCUAAGCUACCAGCACUUAUUAGUUUGCUGACGAAGCUCUUCGGAUGAGGAGCGAAACGUCCGACACCUUCUUCACAGAAGUACAGAUGACGUCUCAAAAAGCCUUUUCCUCGAUGGACAACUCCUGUACGACUGAGAGCCUACACAGACGUAUACAAGUCAUAGUAAUUUGCCAUUUAGUCGAUGAGGAUUCAGCCAUUCAUUUCCUUUGCUGUUUAUGCUCUGAAUUUAUAAAAUGUAACCCAGUAAAGUUCCACCCCGUUCAAAGGAAAUAAUACCUUAUUGAUUAGCAAGUGGCUGCAUAUUUUCCCAGUGGUCUGAACCUUUUAAUGCUUGCAAAUUCAAUGAUACAGGACAUAAAGGCUGCGACAAAGCAUACAACUGUACAUUGACUUUGGUCAACAAAAGAAUUGUCACUGUUGCAUGACAACUGGAACGGAAUGGGAAGAACAAUGUGUCAUAUCGGAAUGUAAUAAGAAGCCAGCAAGACAAAAAAAAGAAGCACAAAAUGCUCGAUUGUUGUUCUGUGUAGCAUUUUUCUGUUAAUUGUAAAUUGGUGGGUGACUCGCAAAAGGGAUUAAAACAUAUAAUAGCAC